CGUUAGCAAAUUGCCCUGCCCGCCCUCGUUCUGCCCGCUCAUAACACAUCCCAACCAUACAAGUCGGGCAGGCAGCCACAGAGCCCUGUUCUGUUUUCACAAUUUUCUCACUAUUCUCCUCCUCCCUCGCCUCCAUUUUGCUUGAUAAAAUUUACCUCUCAUCUGCAUUUCUUAGAGGAAAGUUUCAGUUGAUUUUAGCAGUUUUGCCGAUAUUCUUUUUUGUGAACAAAUCUGGGGCUUUUUUCCUGGAAAAGCCUGGAACAAGGUUUAGUUCAAAAGUCCUCCUGAAUCAGCGCUUCGGGAGGACUGCAAAAAAUAUAGUAAGUGGAGGUUUAGUUUCUUUCUUUGCUUAUCGAGAAUGACUGUUUCGGUGGAUCGAACUCCCGGCACACCAGCAUCUAAAAUAGAAAGAACUCCGACAACAACGCCAGGGGGAGGUCACAAUAAAGUGAGGGAAGAGAAAAUAUUUGUGACAGUGCGAGUAAGGCCUUUAAACAGGAAAGAAUUGGCUCACAAGGAUGAAUCAGCUUGGGAAUGCAGAAACGAGCAGACGAUAGUCUUCAAGCAUGGCUCAAACUCGUACUCAUUUGAUAGGGUUUUUGGGCCUUCUUGUCCAACAGAGCGUGUGUACGAGGAAGGGGCAAAAGAUGUGGCUUUAUCUGCACUGAACGGCAUAAAUGCCACUAUUUUUGCAUAUGGACAAACGUCCAGUGGAAAGACCUUCACCAUGAGAGGGAUCACUGAACAGGCAAUCAAUGACAUUUACAAUCACAUACAAAAUAACCCUGAUAAAGACUUUGUCUUGAAAAUUUCUGCUCUGGAAAUUUAUAAUGAGAUUGUUAAAGAUCUUCUGAAUCCAGAAAGUGGUCCUCUUCGUCUCCUGGAUGAUCCUGAGAAAGGGACCAUUGUGGAAAAAUUGGUUGAAGAAUCUGCAAGAGACAGUCAACACCUUCGUCAAAUAAUUGCCGUUUGUGAAGCUCAGAGGCAAGUUGGAGAGACUGCUCUAAAUGAUACAAGCUCAAGAUCACAUCAAAUUAUCAGAUUGACUGUGGAGAGUACACUGAGAUCAACAUCAAAUUCCGUUAAGUCCCUGGUUGCUAACCUGAAUUUUGUUGAUCUUGCUGGAAGUGAGCGUGCAUCACAAACCAAUGCCGAAGGGGCUAGGCUCAAGGAAGGGUGUCAUAUAAAUCGAAGCUUAUUAACUUUAAGUACUGUAAUCCGUAAACUCAGUGGUGGAAAAAGGAAUGGUCACAUACCUUACCGUGACUCAAAGCUCACUCGGAUUUUGCAGCUUUCUCUUGGUGGUAAUUCCAGGACGGCAAUUAUAUGUACCAUGAGUCCUGCGUCAUCUCAUGUUGAGCAGUCUCGAAAUACACUCAUGUUUGCUACUCGUGCCAAGGAGGUCACCAACACUGCACAAGUGAAUAUGGUUAUUUCAGAUAAGGACCUGGUCAAGCAAUUGCAGAAAGAAGUUGCAAGGCUUGAGGCCGCAAGGCUUGAGGCUGAAUUGCGUACACCAGAGCCAAUCACAGCAGCAUGUUCGGAAUCAUUAUUGAUGGAGAAGGAGCUGAAAAUUCAAAAGAUGGAGAUGGAAAUGAAAGAACUUAGACUACAACGGGAUCUUGCUCAAGCCCGGCUUGAUGAAUUAAAUCAAAAAAUGGAAUUGGAGCAGCAGCAAGAGCUAAAACAGGCUGAAGAAAGAGAAGAAGAAAAUGAAUCCCUUUCUGAGGUAAAGAAACAAGAAACAGCUGAAGAAACAGAACCCACCAUGGUUAGUAGGCCCAAAAAUAGUUCUAUGAGACAAACAGUGAGACAGUCGAGCACUGCCACUCUUGCACUGGUGCAAGAAAUUCGAAAGGUUGAACAAAUGCAAGAUGAAAUUGGUGAGGAUGCUAGCCGGGUAUUGGAAGCACUCCACAAGGAGAUAGCCUGUCUUCGUUUAGCCCAAUCAGGACUGAAUCAUGAUGCAGCUGAAACUAUUGCUCUACUUCAAACAGAAAUCAAGGAAAUGCAUAACCUCAGAUGUUCUAAUGUUGGUAAAGAUAUGGGGUCUGCUGAUAAUGUGAACCUCAAGAGUAUGGGUGCUAAUCUUAAGGAAGAAAUUAGUAGGUUACAAGCAAUGGGAGAUGAAGAUCUAACAGGGGCUGACAGCACCAUUGCUACUUUAGAAGAGACACUCAAUCAAGUUCAAAAGUCUAUAGAUAACUUGGUUGUACCUACUCCUAGUCGUCCAUCUUUGAGACGUCCUAGACAAAAUUUAGUUAGAUCUCCAUGUUCACCUCGGACCCGCCGCACCCUAGCUUUUGAAAAUGAGAAUACUCCACCAAAAAACAAUAUCAUGACAACACCUCAAGGAAGUCAGAAGUCCACUCCGACUAAAAGUGAGGAUGGGGAUGGAGUCUCCUCUAGGGAAGGCACUCCUUCUCAUCGUCGAUCUAGCUCUGUAAAUAUUAAGAAGAUGCAAAAUAUGUUUAAAACUGCAGCAGAAGAGAAUAUUCAGAGCAUACGAGCUUAUGUUACAGAGCUCAAAGAGCGUGUUGCCAAGCUUCAGUAUCAGAAGCAAUUGCUUGUUUGCCAGGUCCUUGAACUGGAAGAAAAUGCUGACAUGGAGGAAGGGCGUUCUGGGGAAGAUGAGGUGGAAAUGGAUAUUCCCUUGCAGUCACCUAGUACAAGACGCUCCUUCUUCAAGGAACAGCAAAGAAAGCUAAUUGAGCUUUGGGACCUCUGCCAAGUUUCUAUAAUACAUAGAACUCAAUUUUUCUUGCUAUUCAAAGGAGAUGAAACUGAUCAAAUAUACAUGGAAGUGGAGUUGCGCAGGUUGACAUGGAUGCAAAAUCAUUUUGCAGAAUUAGGCAAUGCAAGCCCAGCAAACACGGCAGAUGAUCAUGUUAUAUCUCUAGCUUCUAGUGCAAGAGCUCUGAAACGUGAGAGGGAACUCCUCGCCAAACGCAUGCGUUCACGAUUCACUGCUGAAGAAAGGGAGUUAUUGUUUGCUAAAUGGGAAGUUCCACUUGAGUCCAAGCAAAGAAAACUCCAACUAGUUCAAAAGCUCUGGACCAACCCCCAUUGUAUGCAGCAUAUUCAAGAGAGUGCUGAAAUUGUUGCAAGGCUUGUUGGCUUUUGUGAGCCAGGCAACAUUUCUAAGGAAAUGUUUGAGCUGAACUUCGCUCCGCCUAGUGAGCAAAAGCCCUGGCUAUGGAACCCUAUUGCAAAGAUAUUGGAUCUAUAACUGAUUUUCCUUGUACAUAUAUGAGGCUUCUAGAUUCAGAUUUCUUUGUUGAAUUGUAAUUAAGUACAUCUCUUAAUUACAUGCUGAUCUGAUACUGUAACCAAAUUUUGUGUGUAGAUAGACAGAUGUGACAUUGACUUCUGGUUAUUCAUCAGAUAUGUAACUGCAGUGCAGCAGAAAAAAAUGAAACUGGGUGGGCUUCACAAAUGUGUAAUCUAGUUUAGGAUUUUUUAUUCUUUUAGUAUUAUAUAAUAAAGUUUCCAAUGUUUUGUAUGA